AAGAGACUGGGACAGAGAGCAAACAGAGUCAAAGUUCAGUCUGAUGAUUCCUAUAAGUAACAGAGCUUCCUCGGUGCAGCUUUUCUCUCUGUGGUUGAUAAUAUAUACAGUGAGCUCCAAUCAGAGGAAGUUGACCAUGAUGCAUGCAACCUUGGCUAUCUGGAUCUUAUCAGCAGUGUUCUGCGUGGGGAGAGGCCAUCACCAUCUGGGCUAUGCCAACGAAGCCCAAGACACAGAUUCCAGCCUCUCACAGGUGACCGCAGCAAACAAAGAGUUUGCCUGUCAUCUGUACAGAAAGUUAGCGGCUCAUGCUGACCUUCAAAGCAAAAACAUCUUCUUCUCACCAGUUAGUGUUUCUACUGCCUUGGCUGCCUUGUCCGUAGGAGCCCGGGGGGAGACCCACCAGCAGCUUUUCAGUGGUCUGGGUUUCAACAGUUCCCAGCUCACGCAAACAGAUGUAGAUCAGUCCUUCCGUACGCUCCUUCAAACUGCAAAGAGCGACGAUACCAGUGAAGGGACAGCCUUGUUUGUGCAUAACCGCUUCAAGCCGGAGCCUGAGUUCCUGGAGGUCUUGAAGCAGUCCUAUUUUGCAGAAGGGUUCAAUGUUGAUUUCACUCAAACCACAGAGAGUGCCGAUACCAUCAAUAAGUAUGUGGAGACCAAGACCAACGGGAAGAUUGACAAGCUGGUUGAAAGCCUGGAUGAGAAUACAGUCAUGUACCUCAUCAGCUACAUGUACUUUAAAGGAACAUGGGAGACUCCGUUUGAUCCACAGGACACAAGGGAAGACCAUUUCCAUGCACCUAAUGCUAAGGUUCCAGUCCAGAUGAUGUAUAUGGAAGAGUAUGUUGAUGUUUAUUAUGACCAGGCCAUAAACACAUCAGUCCUCCGCCUCCCCUUCAAGGGCACCCACUCCAUGCUGCUGAUGUUGCCUGAUGAUAUGACAAGACUGGAGAAUGCCAUAGACGCAAGUCAUAUCACCAAAUGGCUGAAACUGAUGGAGUCCAGGAGAUACGAUAUAUAUGUUCCAAUGUUCUCCAUCAAGACUUCCUACAAACUGAACAAUGUGCUGACUGAAAUGGGAAUGUCAGACAUGUUUAAUGAUCGUGCAAAUUUGACUGGUAUUUCAGAGGGGCAUCAACUGUUAGUCUCAAAGGUUGUACACCAAGCCACCCUGGAUGUUAAUGAAGCUGGAGCCACAGCAGCAGCUGCCACAGGCAUCGAGCUCAUGGUCGGGUCCUCCCUCUUUCGUCCGGUCAUUCCGGUCUUGAAGUUUGACCGUCCAUUUAUGGUCAUGAUCACUGAGCGCAACACAGAAAACAUUCUUUUCAUGGGCAAGAUUAUCAACCCAAACAUCUGAUGGAGGAAAAAUUUUGUGUUCCAGCACGACUGUAAACCCAGAUUUUGAUUCCACUUAAAAAUAUUGAGUUUAUAUUACUUAAUAUUACCUAGAAUGUGAACAUUACUUGUUAAUGCUGAGUAGAUUGUACUUUUU